UUGUUUGAGAUCAGAAUGGCUUCUGGUGGGCAGCAGCAGUUUCCUCCUCAGAAACAGUCGACACAGCCCGGGAAAGAACAUGUCAUGAAUUUUAUCCCUCAGUUCACCAGCCCUGACUACAAGCCUUCUAACAAGCUUCAAGGAAAGGUGGCUUUAGUUACUGGAGGUGAUUCUGGGAUUGGCCGAGCAGUUAGCCACUGCUUUAUCCGAGAGGGUGCAACCGUGGCCUUCACCUAUGUGAAGUCUCAGGAGGACAAGGAAGCACAGGACACUCUGCAGAUGCUGAAAAAGGAAAAGACGCCAGACGCAAAGGACCCUAUGGCUAUAGCUGCUGAUGUGGGGUUUGAUGAGAACUGCAAGAAAGUUGUUGAUGAGGUGGUGAACGCAUAUGGUCGGAUUGACAUUCUGGUUAAUAAUGCAGCUGAACAGUAUACGGCAAGCAGUGUGGAGGAGGUUGAUGAGGAGAGGCUUGAAAGGGUGUUUAGGACUAACAUCUUUUCUUACUUCUUCUUGACCAGGCAUGCUUUGAAGCAGAUGAAGGAAGGCGGUUCCAUAAUAAACACUACAUCCAUAAAUGCAUACAAAGGGAAUGAUAAGCUACUUGAUUACACAGCAACCAAGGGUGCAAUUGUGGCUUUCACACAGCUUGUAAAAAGAGGAAUACGUGUCAAUGGCGUCGCACCAGGCCCCAUAUGGACUCGGCUGAUUCCAGCAUCCUUUGAUGAAGAGGAGACUUCCAAGUUUGGAUCCGAAGUUCCUAUGCAAAGAGCCGGCCAGCCUAUCGAAGUUGCACCAUCCUAUGUGUUCCUUGCCUGCAACCACUGCUCCUCCUACAUAAGUGGCCAAGUCCUCCAUCCAAAUGGUGGUGCCAUAGUGAAUGCUUGA